CACGAUUUCACUGCUAAUCACGUUAGUGUGAAAAUCUGAUAAAUACGUUCUAAUUAAGCCAGUCAUGUCGUCGUUUUUGUCAUAUCGAGUGAAUAUAUAUUUUUCCGUUAUUAUACUACAGUCAUUUGUUAUCACCAUAAGCACAGUGUGAUGAUAUAUGUCAUUGCACUCAAUGGUUAAACGGACAAAAUAUUUACACUGAUAAUUCAUCUCGAAAUAUUUGACGUCACAAAUUUUUCGUGAAGUAUCUGGUAGAAAUUAUCCACGUAGAAAGCACAUCAAACAUUUGGCUUAUUAUACACGAUAAUUUGAUCAGUUAUAAUAAAUUCAUUUAGGUAGAAAAAUGGGUAAAGACUUUGUAGAGAGUCGUAAAACGCAAGCAAAUUUCAUUGAGAAAGAAUCAGAAGAUUCUAACACCGAGUCUAACAUUGAAACUAACUCUGAAUCUAACAUCGAAUCUAACACUGAGAGAGGGAAAGAUCUCAAAAAUCUUAUAAGAAAAGAAUUUCUGAAUAAUCAGUUAGGUGAGUGGAUGGAUAUACUUGGUAAUGGCCAACUGAAAAAGAAAGUCUUGGUUACGGGUGAAGAAGGAACACGACCAAAUAGAGGUGAUACAUGUAUCUUAAGAAUUCUUGGCAGGAUCGAUACUUUUAGAGUAGUAGAAAAUCUUGACAAUUUUGUUAUACAGUUAGGAGACUUGGAUGUUGUGCAGGGAUUGGAUUUAGCAAUUGCUUUGAUGGAUGUAGGCGAAAUUGCUGAUAUUGAGGUUAGUCCUAGAUUUGCUUAUGGCGAAAUUGGACUAAAACCUCAAAUACCACCCAAUACUGUUAUUACCUAUACAGUUGAAUUGAAAGCUACUGAAUUAGAGACUGAUGUAGAAACACUAAGUAUUAAGCAAAGAAUGGAAUUAGGCAACAAGAAACGAGAACGUGGAAAUUGGUGGUUUUCUCGGAAUGAGCCAACUCUUGCAAUACAAUGUUAUCGAAGAGCAUUAGAUUUUCUAUCACCAAAGACUAAUACAUUUUGGAGUUUAGACGACAUGGAGACAAUUGAUGAUGCCGACUUGCAGGAUUUAUUGGAAGAUCGCAUAAAAGUAUACAAUAAUUUAGCAGUCUCGCAAAUGAAGAUACAAGCCUACGAAGUGGCCUUGGAGAGUGUAGAAAAUGUCCUGAGCUUCCAACCAAGAAAUGUAAAAGCCUUAUUUAGGAAAGGAAAAAUAUUACAUUACAAAGGAGAACAUGCGCAAGCUUAUACAACUUUGCUGCAAGCUGCGAAAUUAGAGCCGGAAUUAAGAGUCAUACAAGCAGAAUUAGCAAUUUUAAAGGAGAAGAAUGCUAAGGAUGCUCUUCACGAAAAACAUUUAUAUCGUAAAAUGUUGGGUACAAAUAACACCAAUACCUCAAAGAAAAUUACAGUUGAAGAGAAAUGGCAAACUAACAGAACUUUGUGGGGUUUAGUCGGAGGAGCAUCUGCCGCUGUUCUAGUGGGUCUACUUGCAUACAGGUUUGCUUCAUGAAAACGACGAAAAAUGGGAACAAAUAAAACUAAACAAGGAAGUGAAAAAUAACGGUUUCCAUAAAAACAGUGCAUAAUCACUAGCUAAAAUAUAUUUUUCACUUUUAAAUAUUUUUAAAUCCAAUGAAAUAAUAUAAAUUAUUUUAAGGUUAUUGGCUAUUUGCCGCGGUCAUCUUGAUUUAUGAUGUAUUAUAAGAAAAAAAGAAAUGCAUGUCUAAAAUUCCUAUAAAGUGUGUCGAAAUAGAUAUAUUAAAAAAAUGACAUUUGCAAUUAGUAAGUACAUAUCUAAAUACCUCGAAUAUGUUUUUUUGCUCUAGCAAUCAAUAAAUAAUCGUAAAAUGAACAUAAUACAAUAAGAAAAUUUAGACAUUUUUAAAAAGAAAAAUUGCAUGUCACAUUAAUCUUAUAAUUAUUUUAUAUUGAUUAGAAUAAAAGGAAAAUAUCCGGAAUUUUAGAGUGUGCUUAAUCGGUUACGUCAUCUUGUGGAUAUAUAUUUUUAAUCCAACGUACUUCGCAGGGAUUUUAGGAAUGCAUUUCCUUUCUUCUGACGUCAUCAAUCAAGAGUUGCGCGAUGAAUAACCAAGAGUCUUAAUAAACAUGAAUACGAUGAAAUGUUUGAAUUUUAGUAUUAUAUAGUAGUGUUUUUUAGGUAUCAUCAGGUUUAAAGCAAUAUUAAUCCAAGGAACAUGCCAUUAUAUUUGUUUUUACAUUGUUGCAUUUAAUAAUUGUGUGAAACAGCUACAUAGCUGACAUAUAAUUAAAACAAGCAUUCCCUUACACAUACAACAUAGAAAUUACAAUUUUGUUAUACUUAGAACAAUAAGAAAUUACACAAAGUGCGAUUUUAUCUAAUGCUCUGUUCAAAAAAUAUAACAGUUGCGCAAUCAGCCACAUUAAUGUUGUUUAAUUCUUGCAAUCAAUGAUACACUUCUACAUAGAAAUGGCUUUACUUAUUAUAUAUAUAAUAAUUAUAUACUUGUAAUUAUUAUAUAUUGAUAUGGUUACAUGAUAUUAUUAAAAACUUUUAUUUUAUGAAGAAUAAAUCUCAGUAUAUAUAAUAAGAUUACUAUAUUCUGAUAUAUUAUUUAUCAUUAGUGGGAAACAUUAGUGUACUCGAUUGUGUAUAUAUCUAUAACAUUUAUAUUUGUACAAAGAAAAAGUUGAUAAAUAAAUUUUACAGUUGGUGAUGUUA